AUGUUGACUUACUUUGCAGCAUUUGAAGUAUUUUUUGAAGAAAAUUUGCCUAGGUUAUUUGCGCACUUCAAGAAAAAAACAAUCUGACGCCAGAUAUCUACCUAAUAGACUGGAUUUUUACCUUGUACAGCAAGUCUCUACCACUGGAUUUAGCAUGCCGAGUGUGGGAUGUUUUCUGCCGGGACGGAGAAGAGUUUCUGUUCAGGACUGCAUUGGGAAUAUUGAAACUAUCUGAAGACAUUUUGACAAAAAUGGACUUCAUUCAUAUUGCCCAGUUUCUAACCAAACUCCCAGAGGACUUGUCCCCUGAUGACCUGUUCUCCUCUAUCGCCUCAAUUCAGAUGCAGAGCCGCAACAAGAAAUGGUCACAGAUUCUGUCAGCACUGCAGAAAGAUAAUCGUGAUAUGGAGAACAGAAGUCCUGCACUCAAGCGCUAA